AUGCGUCUAAAAACACUUCGUAAAGAACGGCCAACAUUUGAAAUCGAAGGUGCUGUUGUCAAUGGUAGUCGAAUGGAUAUAUCAAAUAGUGAUAUAAAAGCAAUUAGACAUCGAUCUAACACUUUAUUUGCUUUUCCAACAUCUCUAAAUACAGAAUCAUCUACUUUAACCGUUUCACCAUUGGAUUAUGCCGAUGAAAUGAAUAAUCACUCUCGUGAACAAAUUGUUAUUCCAACAAUAUCUCAGCCUUCAAAUAUUUCACCUUAUCAAGCUAUUGAAGCUGCUUAUCUUGAACAUGGUAUUCGUAUACGUUUAAGUCCAACAAGAAUGACACCAUCAGGUCAACAAUCAGAAAGAAAAUCUGCAAAUAGUUUUCAACGACGUCCAGCAUUUAUUAGUCGACAUCCAAGUCGAACAUCGAGUGUUCUUCAUUAUUCAACAAUUAAUCAAGAUCAAUAUAAUGAUUCUCGUUCAUUCAGUGCAUUACAACAAAUGUCUUCGAAUGAUUUUGAUCAAACGCGUGAACAUAAUAGAUCAUAUGCUCAAUCAUCACAAAUAAAAGAAGAAACAUAUGAAGAUUAUUAUUCAUCAUCAAUUAAAACUAAUGAACAUUCUAAUUUUGUGAAUUCACCAGAAAUAUUUUCUAUGACAAAUGGUAUAGCAUCUUCAACAAGAUUAUGUGAUCAUGAUUCUGACCUUAUGUAUAUGAGUUCAUUAAUGAAUCAGCCAAAUGGAGAAUCUGUUCGAGAGACAAUUCGUCGACGUGCUGGUCUACGUGGAACAUUUGCUGUACAUCGGAAUCCAUUAGCAGCAAAUCCUGUUCAAUCUCAGCAACCGUCACGAGAAAAAUCACCUAUUAUAAAUCGAACUUCUUUAACACGUAAUACAACUAUUUCAGUUGUUCCAACAUCAUCACCACAUAAAAUUGAUAAUGAUAUUCUUAAACAUGCAUCACGUAUUCGAAGAACAAGUGUAUCAAAAGAUUAUUCAAUAAAAUCUCCAAGAACAAAUACAACUUCUACUGCUAGUUCACCAUUAAGAACUAAUGCAUUUUCUACUUUUACUACACCACCAAGAAUAAAUACAGUUUCUAAUGCUAGUUCAUCAUUAAGAACUAGUACGAUCUCUUCUGCUAAUUCACUAUCAAGAGCUAAUACGAUUUCUUCUGCUAAUUUACUAUCAAAAGCUAAUACGAUUUUAAUUGCUGGCUCAUCAUCACUAAGAACUACCAAUAAUAAUUAUUCGUAUAAACGAAAUUCAACCGAUAAAUCAUUAAAAUCAAUCAGCCUAGAACCACUUGAAGUGCUUUUAACGUCAACACCACAUUCAACACCAUUAUCAAUGUAUGAUCCACUUCCAAUAAAGGUAUCAUCAAUCACUCGUAAUCCGAAAACUUCUACAAAACGAACUAAAUCAGCUGUAAUUCCAACUGUUAAAAAUUCGCAGACGGCUAAUGUUACAUUAAAAGAGCAUUCAACUUCAUCAUCAAUAUUACGUGAUGAAAGUUUAUCAUUAAUGAAAACAUCUACAACAGAUGUAAUUCAUCAAUCAAAUUCAAUUGAUUCAGGUUGUUAUGAUCGAAGUAGUAGUGGUGGUGAUUUACAAAGUUUCACAUCUUCAAGUAUGGUGCGAGUACCAAGUUCAAUACCAUCAGGACGAUUAACUAGCUCAGCAGUACGUCGUUCAAACUCAAAUAAAAAAGUUUCGUUCUAUGAAGAACCUACAGCAGUUAUAUUAACAACAGCAACUUAUGUAUAA